GGAAACUACUCCCACCAUCUAAUCACCUCCCUCGAGGUCCCUUCCCCAACAUGUGGGGAUUAUAAUUCAGAUUAAAAUUCAAGUUGAGAUUUUGGGUGGCGCACAGCCAAACCAUAUCAGAGACACUUUCUAUCUUUUGCAGAUUGGAGAAAGGAAAAAAUUAGUUUAAACCACAGCAUUUAAAAGAACUCAUUGUCGCCUCUUUCCUCCAUCUUUCUGUGCCUCCACAAUGGUGUGCAUGAAUGUCCUGGCUGAUGUUCUCAAGAGCAUCAGCAACGCCGAAAAGAGAGGCAAACGCCAGGUGCUUAUUAGGCCGUGUUCCGAAGUCAUCUUCCGGUUUCUCGCUGUGAUGAUGAAGCAUGGUUACAUUGGUGAAUUUGAAAUCAUUGGCAAUCACGGAGCUGGGAAAAUUGUUGUGAACCUCACAGGCAGGCUAAACAAGUGUGGUGUGAUCAGCCCCAGAUGUGAUGUGCAACUCAAAGAUCUAGAAAAAUGGCAGAAUAAUCUGCUUCCAUUCCGCCAGUUUGGUUUCAUCGUAUUGACAACCUCAGCUGGCAUCAUGGACCAUGAAGAAGCAAGACUAAAACACACAGGUGAUGUCAACAUCAGAAUGGAGGUUGUGUGACGUUCCCCUCCUUGGAGGUUCUGAGCUACCGCCUAGCCUGGACUGGGUCCAGUUAUAAUUUAACAUGGCUAGUGGGAGGAGGGAGCAUGGUGGGGUGGGGCUCGUGUGGCUGGGACAGCUGACUGUGGUCGUGGUGUUAGUGCUGGUCACUAAGUAGUUCUUGAAAUUUCUUUUAAAUCUAAAAUUCUCUGAUAUGGUUUGGAU